ACUCACAGUCAUGGAAAUGCCGGCAUUAAGUUCCAUUUUCCUCCUCCUCCUCCUCUGCCUCCUGAUUGUCCAGUUUGUGAAGCUGCAGUGGAGAAAACGACAAUUCCCUCCUGGACCAACACCUCUCCCCAUUAUCGGAUGCCUAUGGCAGCUGAAGUUUUUCAACGUCACUCGUGAGAGCCUGACCAAGGUGGCAAAAUCCUAUGGGGACAUCUAUACUGUAUGGUUUGGUCCUCACCCUGUGGUAGUUCUGGAUGGGUUCCAAGCUGUGAAAGACGGUCUCACCACCCACCCAGAAGAUGUAGUUGGCCGGCCAGUAGUCCCGUUUUUUAGAGCUCUGGCAAACAAUAAAGGUAUCUUGCUGUCAACGGGCAGUACAUGGAAGCACCAGAGGAAGUUCUCGCUGAUGACUCUGAAGACAUUGGGGCUAGGGAAGAGUACAUUGGAGUACCAGAUCCAAGAUGAAGCUUAUCACCUGGCGGAGAACUUUAGGAGCACUAAAGGGAAACCCAUGAAUCCGUCCUUCGCUCUGACCCUCGCCGUUUCCAACGUGAUUUGCGCUGUGGUGUUUGGCCAUCGUUUCUCCACCGAGGACAAAAAAUUUCACGAGCUCCUGGAAGCAAUGGAAGCCAUAUUCAAAUUUGCUGGCAGUCUCGGUCAUAAUAUUUAUAAUGUAAUGCCCUGGCUUAUGAAGUGUAUCCCAGGACCUCACAAGAAGGCGUUGACUGCCCGAGACUUUGUGUGUUCGUUCAUAAGGAAGGAGAUCAACAAGCACCGGAUUGCAGGAGUCCCAGAUGACCCUCAAGAUUUCAUUUAUAGUUACCUUGCUCAGAUAGAGAAAACGAAAGACCAGCCCAAACCAGCCUAUGAUGAAAGUAACAUGAUCCAGUGUAUAUUUGACCUCUUCUUGGGUGGAACAGAGACUUCCAGCACCACUCUCUACUGGGCAUUUCUGUAUAUGGUGCUUUAUCCAGACAUCCAAGCGAACAUCCAGAAGGAGAUUGAUGCAGUUGUGGCUCCCGGUCAAAUGAUCAGCGGCGACGAUCGCAAGAAGCUGCCCUACACCAACGCCGUGAUCCACGAGGUCCAGCGCUUCAGCAACAUCAUCGCGGUUGGGUUGCCCAGGUUAUGUGUGAAGGAUACCAUGAUUCGACAGUUUACCAUUAAGAGAGGCACAAUGCUCCUUCCAAACAUGGCUUCCGCCUUGUACGAUCCCAAUGAAUGGGCGACGCCCGAAAGCUUCAACCCCAACCACUUCCUUGACAAGGAUGGAAAUUUCGUUUGUCCAGAAGCCUUCAUUCCAUUUUCUUUAGGGCAGCGUGUGUGCUUGGGGGAUCACCUGGCCAAGACGGAGAUGUUUCUUUUCUUCUCCAACCUCCUGCAGGCGUUCACUUUCCACUUGGCAGAAGGGACAAAAGAUGUCAACACAGAGCCUGUUUUGGGGGGCACUUUGCAGCCUCACUACUUUGAGAUCUGUGCUAUCCCUCGAUAGACCCGGCGUCUCAUGUCUCUUUGGAAAUCUACUUAGGAAAAGUUGCAAGGUGGCAACAUGGUGUACUGUUAACCCAAGGCCGCCGUCUUCUGGUGUGGGGUUGUAAAGCUUCUUCAGAGUCCCAAGAAUCAAAACUUUUGUCGUGAGACAAGGAAUAAGUUUUUUUUAAAAAAUAUUUACCGGUAUUUUAAAACCACAAAAACAAACCAUAUGCAAACAUCACAUACAGAAAUACAUUAAUCAAAUUCAAGAUCCAAGUACAUUUUCUAACCUUGAUCUAUUACUUUACAUAUUAUCUAAUUCAUUCUAUUAGUCUUUUCUUGCUUUCUCCUGCACAUUUUACACAUUAUCCAUUAAUAUUUCAAUUCCAGAACUACAUUUCUUCAUAUAUUCCUUCACUCCCUCCCAUUCCUUAAUUAUUUUCUGAUUUGAAUGCCUCUAAUAACUGGCGUCAAUUUUGCCAUUUCUACAAACUCGCAAAGUUUAUUUUGCUAAUCUAAUAAUGAUGUUAUUUUCUCCCCCUUCCAGUUAUUUGCGAUCAGUAUUCUGGCCACUGCAGCCGCAUAAAGGAAUACAUUUUUCUUAUCUCUGGGGACGUCAUUGGAUACUAAACCUAACAGAAAAGACUCUGGUUUUUUAAUGAACGAAAUCUUGAAUAGUUUUUUCAGCUCCUCAUAUACCUCAUUCCAGAGACAAGGAAUAAGUUUCUAGACCUCAUGACUGCAAAGGAAAAGCCUGAAAAUACACAACAAUACCUGUGAAUAAGGUCUGAGUGCAGUGGUUCCCAAAGUGGGCAAUACCAUCCCCCAGGGGCAGAGGCAUUACGGGGGGGGGGGGCGCUAAGAUAUUUGAAAAGCUAGGGUCACUGGAUCAAGUUCAUCCGUUUUGUAGAAUUAAUUUGAUGAAACAGUUUAAACUGGAUUUUGAAUAA